AUGGCAAUAGAUCUCCAGGAUGAUGGCCAUCAUAGUGAAGAUGAUGAGGGACACAUUAUGAGAAGAUCCACAGGACCUAGGGCCUCAUUUGCAUCGACCAGAACGACUUCAACAUCCACUACAUUAGCAGCCUCUAUAUUGGGUAAUCAACCUAAUACAGAGACCUAUUCAGGAGUUACUUUCGAAACUGUUCCCAGCUCAAUUGUAUCAUUUCAUCAUCCUCGUUCUUUCCAAUCCAGUAAUAUAUUUGGCACUUCAGUGGGUUCAAGUACUUUGGGAAGAAGAGGACGUGAUACGGAACCAUUGAUUACAUCUCAUUCACCUUCUCCCAUUAGAAGAUCUAGAAGUUCUUCUAGGAAUCCACAAUUCCAUUUCUUUACAGAAGAUCAAAUUAAUAACGCUGAAGGGACAUCAACUUUAGAAAAUACUGAUUAUAAUACCCCGUGGGAUGCUACACCUUCAUAUGAACAAGAAAGGUUAUAUGGAACUUCAAAUAGGACUUCAAGAAGAUCAUCCAUAUAUGGAAUGUCUCCAAGAUCCUCCAUCUCUCAUACAAGAAGUCAAUACGGUUCGUCAAGUUAUUUGGGCGCUCCUUUAACAAGAACUCAUGAACUAUCACAAUCACUCCCCAAGCAUGAGCAAGCAUCAUUACCCCCACAAGUUUAUCAAGCUUCUACCCAUUCAUCAUCCAGUCUUUCCAGAUAUACAAUACGAGAUAGAAUUCCCGUGGAAUUAGAAACUCAAAAUGAUGAAAUCUUAGAUGAUCGAUCAUCAAUACCCUCGAUAUCUCAUUCAGAAUCAGAGGAGUCCUCAGACAAUGGACGGUCUACUUAUAACAAUGAUGACCUUAAUGCCAACAAUGGAAACAAUUUAUCAACGGAGGAUACUCAUAGUCAUCAUAAGAAAACCACUACAAGUGGAGGAGGAUAUCAAACGGAAUAUUUAAAACCUCAGUAUCAUGAAAAAUUUUAUCCAAGUAAUGUUGCUGAUUUAUAUUAUCAGAGAUUUUAUAUAACGGAAGAAGAUUUAGUCGUUGGUAUUGCUGGGUAUUCCACAUCCAAAUUUAAAAAUGCCAUUUACAAUUUUAUUUGCAUAGUAUCAUUUGGUUUAUUAUAUCUUUUAUUAAGAUGGUUGCCGUCUUAUAAGGUGAAAUUAAUAGGAACUAAAGUACCUCUAGGGAAAGCUGAGUGGGUAGUUUUAGAAAAUGAAUUCGGAGAAUUUUCCAUCGAACCUAUAAAGAGAGAAUGGUAUAACAGACCCAUAAGUACAAUAUUACCAUUAGAUGACCCAUUCCAGGAAAUUGAUGGGAUUAAUGAUGAGUCAUACCAACAUCGUCACCAUCAUUAUCAUCAUGUGACAGAAAAAAAUCCAAAUAUUCCAAUUCUAAUUACUUUCCAAUAUAGAUACAUCACCUUCAUUUAUUCUCCUGUGGAAGAUAUAUUUAAGACGAAUAAUAACUGGACAGAUCCUGAUUGGGUAGAUUUAUCAUCUACCUUACGUGGGUUGUCGAGUGGAGUGCAAGAAGAUCGUAUCCUAGCAUUUGAUUCGAAUCAAAUUAAUUUAAGAGUGAAAACAGUUGCGGAACUCUUAUUCAAUGAGGUAUUGCAUCCAUUUUAUGUUUUUCAAAUAUUUUCCAUCAUCUUAUGGAGUUUAGAUGAAUACUAUUACUAUGCGGGAUGUAUUUUUCUAAUCUCUAUUCUUUCAAUUGUGGACACUUUAGUGGAAACAAGACGAACUCAAAAGAGUUUAGCAGAUAUGUCACAUUUUGCUUGUGAAGUCCGUGUAUUUAGAGACGAGUUUUGGACUAAUGUAAAUUCUGCCGAUUUGGUUCCCGGUGACAUUUAUGAAAUAUCUGACCCAUCAUUAACAGUCUUCCCCUGUGACUCUCUGUUACUAUCUGGUGAUUGUAUAGUUAACGAGUCAAUGUUGACGGGGGAAUCUGUUCCAGUGUCAAAAUUUCCUGCUGAACCAGAAACAAUGCUUCAACUUCUCGACGAUUUCCAAAACACUCAAAUAUCAAGUUAUUUAUCCAAAUCAUUCCUAUUUAAUGGUACAACUAUAAUAAGAGCUCGUAUCCCAUAUGGUCAAUCUGCCGCCUUGGCAAUGGUUGUACGUACUGGAUUUUCUACAACCAAGGGUUCAUUAGUUCGUUCUAUGGUUUUCCCCAAGCCAACAGGAUUUAAAUUUUAUGAAGAUUCAUUCAAAUAUAUUGGAGUCAUGGCAUUAAUUGCAUUAUUUGGGUUUUCAAUAAGUUGUAUUCAAUUCAUCAAAAUAGGACUGGAUAAGAGAACUAUGAUUUUAAGAGCGCUGGAUAUUAUUACUAUUGUUGUACCACCCGCAUUACCAGCCACGUUAACCAUUGGGACAGGGUUUGCACUAUCAAGACUAAAGAAAAAGGGGAUAUUUUGCAUAUCACCGACAAGAGUUAACAUUGGUGGUAAAAUAGAUAUUCUCUGUUUCGAUAAAACGGGAACUUUGACUGAGAAUGGGCUUGAUGUGUUAGGUGUGCAAUUAUGUGUACCUAGCUCCCACAACUCUUUUCAAUUUGCCGACUUGGUUCAAGAUGUUCAUAAAUUGUUUCCUAAAUUUUCCUUGAAUGAUUGUAGUUCACCUCGUGAUUAUCGAGCAAAGAAUUUUUUCAUAUCUCUAUUGACCUGCCAUUCAUUAAGAGUUGUCGAUAACGAGUUAAUUGGUGAUCCCUUAGACUUUAAAAUGUUCCAGUUUACUAAAUGGUCUUAUGAAGAGGAUUUCCAAGAGAAGGAAUUCCAUUCUACAUAUGAAGAAAGACGCCAUGAUAAUGCUUUACCUGAAAAUAUAGAUAUUAUACCAGCAGUUGUACAUCCUAAUAGCGCAGAUCCUGAAAACACCUUUAUCGACAACGACCCUCAUAAUUUCCUUGGUAUAAUACGUAGCUUUGAAUUUCUUUCUGAAUUAAGAAGGAUGAGUGUCAUUGUUAAACCAAGUAAUGAAGAUGUGUAUUGGGCUUUUACGAAGGGUGCACCGGAGGUUAUUACACAGAUUUGUAAUAAAGCAACUUUGCCAGCAAAUUUUGAAGAAAUGUUAAACUAUUACACGCAUAAAGGUUAUAGAGUCAUUGCAUGCGCUGGGCGUGUCUUGCCUAGAAAUACAUGGUUGUAUUCACAAAAAGUGUCUAGAGAGGAAGUGGAAUCUAACAUGGAGUUUUUAGGGUUUAUCAUAUUUGAGAAUAAAUUAAAGAAGGAAACAGCGAAGACUCUUCAAACUUUACAGGAGGCAAGUAUUAGAACGGUCAUGUGUACAGGUGAUAAUGUAUUGACAGCUAUAUCUGUUGGUAGACAGUGUAAUCUUAUUAAAUCCAAAAAAGUUUAUGUGCCCUCUUUGGAGGAAAUUGACUCAACGGGCCAAACGUCUAUCAUAUGGAGAGACGUUGAUAAUAUGGAUGAUACUCUAGAUAGUCGAACAUUAUUACCUAUCAACAAUAGCAGUAGUACCAGUUACACAUUGGCAAUUACCGGUGAUAUCUUCAGAAUUAUCUUCGGCGAUGAAAAUAAUAGAAUUUCUGAAGAUUAUAUUAAUACAGUGUUAUUAAAAGGAACAAUCUAUGCAAGGAUGUCACCUGACGAAAAGCAUGAAUUAAUGGAACAACUGCAGAGGUUAAAUUAUACUGUUGGGUUUUGUGGUGAUGGUGCAAAUGAUUGUGGUGCCCUAAAGGCAGCAGAUGUUGGUAUUUCUUUAUCAGAAGCAGAAGCCUCUGUGGCAGCCCCUUUCACAUCACAAGUAUUUGAUAUCAGCUGUGUCCUUGAUGUUAUCAAAGAAGGGCGGGCAUGCCUGGUUACCUCAUUUUCAUGUUUCCAAUACAUGAGUUUAUACUCUGCGAUCCAGUUCAUCACAAUUACCGUCUUAUAUAGUCGUGGUUCGAAUCUGGGAGAUUUCCAAUUUCUUUACAUUGAUUUAUUACUUAUUGUCCCCAUUGCAAUUUUUAUGUCAUGGUCUAAGCCUUAUGACAAGAUUGUCAAGAAGAGGCCCUCUGCCAAUUUGGUAUCACCAAAGAUUUUAAUUCCGUUAUUAGCAAGCAUUGUUGUUGUACUCUUAUUCCAGAUAAUUCCUUGGAUUAUAGUCCAAGGGGAAGAAUGGUAUAUGAAACCAAUUGUUGGUGGUGAUGAUGUUGUUGAAUCGUCAGAUAAUACGAUAUUAUUUUUCAUUUCCAAUUUCCAAUAUAUUCUCACCGCAGUUAUUCUUUCAGUGGGGCCACCAUAUAGGGAGCCCAUGUCAAGGAAUAUUGGAUUUAUCGUGGAUGUCAUUAUUUCAAUUGUUUUGAGUAUUUGGUUGAUGUUUAUUGAUAGUUCUUCGUUUUUGGGUAAGAAGUUCCAAUUGACGGAAAUCUCUUUCAAGUUCAAAUUGUUCAUUUUGAUUUGGGUCGUUAUUAAUUAUUUUGUUCAACUGUAUGUCCCAGGAUCUCUGAAGAAAUGUUUCAAGAAGAAGAGAAGUAGUAAGAAAUAUAAAGUUUUAUUAAAGGAGCAGCAAGAAAUGUAUGUUGUUUGA